AGCUCAUAGAGUUUUAAGACCUUUAAUUCAUUAAAGUGUUAUAAACUUUUGUAAGCUUCAAAAAUAUUUCUGGCGAAGUCUAAAAUGGAUUUUACCAAAACGUCCAGCGUUGAGGAAAGUGAAAAUACCGAGAAUAUAACGCAUGCUAAAAACUUGCACAAAAAUGUAUCGAAAUUUUACGAGACCAUAGGAAAUGUUUCCCGAAACAUGCGCAAGGAUGAUUGGACGUACUUGCAACGCCAUCCGGAGAUCCGAGCCAUAAUUCGGGUGAUUACAGCCGAGGCGAUCAAAGCGAAGCCAUCAAAUAUAUUCCAAUUUACAGCACAUUUAUUUUCUAACGAUAACUAUGAAGAGUUCGUUGAAAAGAUCAACAAGCAACUGAAGUGGGUUAACGAGCAGUUGAGAGGAGGCACAUGGAAUCCUGCAGAUGGAGAUAUUCCCUUUCCAGAAUCCAGCGAAACGUCUUCGGAAAAUCAUUGCGAAACUGUUUUUGAAACUUCUAAAGAAUUGGAUGAGACCGAAAAAUUAGUUUGUCCUGAAAAUUUUAAGCCUAGCUGUAAAAAAUGUUGAAGCAUUUAAACUUGAAAAAAUGUAAAUUGAUGGCAGGAAAUAAGCUACAUAUUUUGGCAUUUUAAAAAUUUAUAAGCGAAUUGUAAAGAAAAAACAUGUUAAGCAAUUUAAUUAAAUUCUAAUAU